AUGCUGUUAAAGACUCCCAGAUCUAGAAACUUGUAAAAUCCUGACAAGCUGACAUAGUAGCGAGAGUAGCUAAAGCUUUAUAAUCCCCAAACAGCUUAUUAACAAGAAGCAAGAUCUUCUAUACUAAGCAAGCCAGUGAUUAAGUCUGAAGCUGAUAAAACACUCACAAAAUCAUCCAUUGUCAAAAAUGAUAAGAACUCUACUGUGAUCAUAACUUUACGCCAACAUAGAUCACCGAUUCACAGUUCAAUUCAAAUCACUUCUUCAGAUAGUCAAGAUAAAAAAGCAUUCAUUGAAAAAUCAUCACUUGCUCUAGCCAUUAAGCGUAACACAAUGAUUUAACAGUAGCAGUAAUUGUAAAGAAAGAUUGCUCUGCAAUAAUAAAGCAGUCGUCAGAUUUAGCUUAAUAGAUAGCAUAAUUAGCAUUAGCUUCUCUCAUAUCAACACCACUAAAACCAGCACUACUACCAAAUAUAAAGAAACAUGGUUAGUUCCCCAGAGCUUAAGAAGAGGCAAGAAGGAAUCAAAGAAAUAUAGUACAGAGCAUUGAUUAAUAACAAAAAGAGCAGGGAUUCAAGUACAAAUAAGAUUAGAGGUUACGGAAGUGAAGAGCCAUAAUAAUACGUACGCUAGAGUGGUAAAAGUCACAGAGUAUAAAAUGAAACAAUCCAGGUCAAUAUAUAUAGUGACAAUUUUCAAAACGAAGAUCAUGUCUAAAGCAACAUAAUCAAUACAAGUCAUCAUACAAUAGAUUUGAUAGAUAGGACCACAAUAAUAAAAGAUAAAUCUUAGAUCAGAUAAUCAGAAAUAACUCUUACUGAAUCAAAUAAUCAAGUUGAUGAGGAAUCUGAUUAUAUUGAGAACAUCCACUCCAAAAAGAAUGAUGAGUAUUUCAGAAACAGAUCCAAGACUCAGAGAAGACCAGUUGUGAAGGUUGAUAUGGACCUAAAGAGUAACUAACUGUUACUGAUCUAUUCUUAGAAGAAGUUUAAGUCAAAGUGCAAAGAGUCUCAUUUCAAAAGCCAACUAAAUAAAAGAAGAAGCGACUUAUUUUUCUCCAAAACCCGAAAAAAAGAGACAUGUGACCACAUUAUGGAAAGUAAUAGACCUGAAAAUAUGAUGAAGCAUUAUGUCAUUCAUCUGAUUAAAAAUUAUGAUGACGCUUUGUCUAAUGCCAAGUUCAAUUAAAAUUCAUCUAGAUUAGACAAGUAAAAAUUCUAAUGUUUGUUUAUGUCUUUGAUUUAUAGUUCUUAACUGACUGGUUUAAAUAACUCGACAUUUCUUAAUCAAUAUUCAAAUCAAGAAAUCACAGUUCCAAAAGAAGCACUUGGAAAAGUCAACAAACUUAGCAAUAAGGGAUGGAGUUACCAUUUCAGACUAUUGAAAAUGGAUUAAAAUGCCUUAACUUAUUAUAAGUCAGUCCCUUCAGACUUCGAUGAGGGGAAAAUCAAAGUUAAAUAGUCAAUACCAAUAAAGAGAAUAUUGGCAGUUGAUGAAAUCAAAGAAGAUGAUAAAAAGAAAUUCAAAAAACUUGCAAAGGCAUCUGACAUAGCUUUCAAGGUUGUGUUUCCCAAAAAAUAUAUGAUUAAGGGUAGAGAAUACAAUCCAACUAUUGAUGAUGGAGAUGAUGAUGAGGAAGAAGAGGAAGAUGAGGAUCUUGAUUAAGAUGAAUCAAUUGAUGACUAAAGGACUAGAAUGAAGAAAAGUAAAACUUAAACUCGGGCAAAGUCUAAGGCUAAGCAGACUAAAAAGAACUAAGCACUUACAACAUGGUAUUUUGUAUGUGAUAACAAGUAUGAGACUCAACUCUGGAUGGAGAGACUCAUAAAGUCAUCAAAGAUGUAGAACUCUAGGUUCAUUGAAGAUGAAAGCAACUUUAUGAUGGGGAAAAAUGAUACACAGAUGAAUUAAAUAGGUGCAGCUAAAAAUACAUUUCUGGAUAAUAACUAAUAGUCUGAUGAAGAUGAAGUACUGCCUUAGAAAGAUAUGAGAUCAAAACAAUUAAAUUUUUAAGAUCAGAGUAAAAGUAAAAACUCCAAGAAUAAUAAUUCAAAUAAUGAUAAAAAUGUGAAUUAGCCUGGACUCCAAAAUAAUUCCAGCAAUAACAAAGCGAAUACCUCGAACAAUAAAAUUUAGACUAAUUAAGUCCAAUAAAAGCAAUAGCAAGCAGUUCAAUAAAUUGAUCUUUUCGGGAAAAAUGGAAAACCCUAGUAGAAUAAAUAUUAAUAGGAUUACGAUUAUGGGAGAUCAGACAGUGAGUUUCCUGAUUUAGAUACUAUUCUUGAGUAAAAUUUCCAAAUAAAUAAUGUCAAGAUUGAUGGAGAUGGCAAUAUUGAUCAGAACAUAAAUUAAAAAUCAAAUGAUGACUCAGAUGGCGAGCACAUCGUUGAAGAUUCUUAAGAAGCGAAGAUAAAACUCAAAAACCUUCAAAAUAGCGUCACUUAAUAUUAUAAUCAAUCAGAUAAUCUUAAUAAAAAGAAGUCUAAGAAAGAGUAAAAGGGAUGGGACUUGAAAUUUCAAAACUAUUGGGGAUACCUUAUUUCUGCGGAUAAAAAUCUCAAAGAUACUUUGACAUUAUCUGAAAGAUUUUUCGAUCAUGUUGGAAAGUUCAGAAGGACUGCCUAACAACUAGUUUAAGAAAUAAUUGAUGAAAUCCACAUUCCAGUUUCACAAAAUAUUAGAAAGAACAAAUAUAUACCUGUUUAAAAGAUUUAAGAGGAGCAUCUGGUAUUUUUAGAUGAUGAUGAUGCAGCAAUAAAUAAUGUGGGCACUCUCUUUUAUUUUGAAAAAAAUAUAUGCAUCAAAAUAACUCAUCAAGGUGACCAAAUGUUAGAUUAGAAUGGGCCAAUGUCUUAGAAUCAUAAUAAUGCAGGAACAACUAAUAUCACUGCGGCUAAUAGAACCUCAAAUGGUCUAUAGAAUUCUAAUUUGGAUAAUAGUUACAUGGCUAAUAAUUAAAAUCAAAAUAGAAACUCUGAUCCAUUUCAGAACUUGAAGUGGAAAAUGUAUGGUAGAGAAUUCUUAUCUAUGGAAGUUAUGUUUGAUGCCCUUUUCCUUUUAUCAAAACCUGAUGUCUCACACAAACUUAGAAUCCCUCUUUCAGCACUUAUUGAUUACAAAGGUUUUAGAGCUCUUGCAAUAGCUGCAAUUCCAAUUCACCCCUAACUAGGUCCUAGCAUUGGAUUUUACAAUGAUGGGAAAUAUGUACCUCAUGAUAAAAAACUCAAGUAAGAGCUUGAAUAUGUGGGUGAUGUUUUGAAUCUAAAGGAAAAUAGAAUUUCUUAGAAAGGCUAAUAGUCUAAUAGCAACUAGAAUCCUGAGAGUAAAAAUAAUAGAAAAGAUCCAGACACUCCCACAAAAAAGUCAGAGUAUCAUUUUAGUGAGCUUCAAUAUCUUGAAGAACCAUAUUAUGUCCUAAAAACUAACGAAAUCUUCCCUUAUGAUGUUGAUUUAAAUGAUGCAUAUCCUAGGAAAGAUAGGUACCUAAGACCAGAAUUUGUGUGUGUCUAUGAGAGACCAUUAAAAGCUGAUGCUAGAAAAGAUCUAGGCUUUCAACCUUCUUAGGAAACUAAAUCUAAGGAUGAGGAUAAUGACUAUGCUGAAUUAAACGAGGCUUCUAGGCCUAUAGAUAGUGAAAGCUUAACUACAUGCUUCCACUCUUAAUAAGUGAAUAUGAGAUAUCUGGGUUUGGUUUGCCAAAAUUCAAAUGUUCCUCAUGUUUAACAGUUAUGUAAAGUUGAAAUGAUUGGUAGAACAUUGAAAAAUAUUUUGAAUAAACAAAUCUCAUCCAUGAUUCUUGAUCGCCAGUAAAGAUUCAAGGAAAAUGUUGCCAAUAUGGAAACUCACAGAAGAUAAGUAAACUAUAAAUCCCAAAAUAAUCCUAGCAACCUAAAAAUGAAAGGAAACCGGAAUAACAAUAGCAGUAUCGGCUAACAUGAGUAAGAACAGAAAGAGAGAGAAUUACAAGAUGAGUACCAGGAGCUAUGCAAGGAUUUAGAUUAAAUCAUAAAGAUAUCUAUUGUUGACUAUAUCAACUUGGUAUUCGGAUCUGGAUAGGAAAGUAGAGAAUUCUGGACAGAGGUACUUAUUCCAUUAACAAUCUAAUACUUCAAUCUAUAAUCAGAAGACAUAUUCAAAUAGCCUUACUAAAUAAAUUACAAUGCAAUAUUCUUUAGCUUUGUGUAUCACUCUGGAAUAAAAAUUUUAGGAAGUAAUAGUUUCUAAUAAUCAAAGAAUACUAGUGGAUUUGAGUAAAGAAUAGGUGAUAGGAUUACUGAUAAGAUAAAUCCAACUUAGAUGCACAAGGACGAUGACUUUUUUAAAGAAUUUGGUAAAUCUGAAAUUCCUUUUGGGGAUCCAGAGAAAUCCUAUAUUAAAAUAGAGAUAGUACCUAAAAGCAGGACCUAUAGUUUAAGGAAUCUACCAUAUAAACUUUUGUCAGAUAAGUACAAAGAAUACAAAGAGGAAGGAUAAAUUGAAAACGCUUUAAAAUGCUGCAAAAUGAGAAGAAUAAUGAAGAGAUCACUUGAAGACAAAGAAGACAUAUCAACCUUAGCAGAGAUUUGUGAAAUCGCUUUAGAUAACUAUGAAUUUUAAAUAGCUAAAGAGCAGGCUUUGGAAGCCCUAAAAUAUAUCCAUCCUCUACAUGCUGAAUCCAUUAGAUUUUAUUGCAUCUUAAUGAGAUCUUUUCAUGGAAUGGAUCUAUCUCCUGAAGAGGAGUAGUACUUUACAAAAGCAUUAACAACCCUUGUUCAUCACUGGGGCAGUAACCAUCCCCUUCAUUGUUCAAUUUUCGGUAUAAUGGCUUAUUUGCUUAUUUAGAAAAAUAAACUUGAAGAGGCAAGCUAUCUUUAUUUAUCAUCACAUCACUGCUGUCUUAAGGUACUUGGCUCAAAUCAUAUUUAAACUGCCGAAGUUCAUAUGGAUUUUGGACGUUUAUUUCUAAAAAUGAAGAACAAAGAUGCAGCACUUGAGCAUUUUUAAAAUGCCUACUUGAUAUAUGAAAGCUAUUUUGGAGUAUAAUCACUUUCAACAGCAUAAGUUGCAUAGCAGCUUGCCAACAUACUUGAAGAAUAAGGAAAGCUACAGGAGGCUUAUAUUUAUGCCGAUAUUGCAUCUGAUUCUUAUCCUACUAUAUAUGGGGAAACUAAUGAGAAAUCUAUUUCAAGUCAUUGGCUUAAACUCUCCAUUUCAUAUUCGCUUAAAAAACCAGAUGUAAUUGCAUUAUGCAGUAAAUUGUACGAAGCCAUUCUAAAACGAGACCUCUAAAUGAAUGAUCAUAGUGGUAUGAUGGACUAUUCCUAGGAUAAAUCCCAUGCUGUCAACAUCUAGAAUGACAAAAACUCUGAUUACAUUAAUGAAAAGAUCCAAAGCAUAAAAGAAUAUUGCAUCGCAACAACAAUCCUUGAGAUGACUAGAACUCUUAAAAAGGAAGAUAGACUGGUAAUUAAAAUGUUCUGUGACAAAGUUUUAUUCAAAGCGCAUUAACAAUCAGAGCAGGGAUUACCAAAUUUGUCAGAUCUUUAGCAGCAACUUAAUCCUUCUAAAAUAAUGCAUGUUGCUAAUUUGAAAUUUGAAGAGGAAGCUAAAAACUUCUUUGAGACUCUCUAUCAAUCUUCAAAAGAUUGCGAAGGUGGAUUCGUGGGUUUCUAUCAGAAGACUCUUGAUGCAGCUACUCAAAUGAAUGAAUCUAAGAAGCAAACGCCAAUGUAAACUUCAUCUACAGUAAAGCAAAACAGAGGAAAUGAUAAUAACAUAUUGACUGAAUUCCUAAUUAACGAGGGCACUGAUGUCUUUUUCAUAAAAAUCAUUAAGGCUUUUGAGAAUUACAACUUCUAUAAUGUUUUACUUAUUUGA